GUGUUGCUUACACUCGCGUCCACGUUGUUCUCCAAGCACUCACUAACCAUGCCGCGAUCGUUUCUUGUGAAGAUAACCAAAUCGGAAGAUGCGUCGUCGCACGUCGAAUCCAGGACACAGACUCAGCCAUUAGCGAUGAGCAACCGAUACCUGAACAGUAUUAGUGUCCGUCUAAACAACGGAUAUAUUCACGACCUGAUACCCGUCAGUGAUAUACAGAACAAUAACGAUGUAUCCGACCUGAGCAUCAAGGGGGAAUCUGACGAUAAAAUAGAAGAAUUUAAAAAGAAUAAUUUCAAUGGAGAGCAGACGGUGGUUGCGUACGAUGCGCUUCUCAUAACUGACGGUCGUUCACGGAAAGGUCUUAGAGCAGCUCUUGUCGGCAGCGACGAGCAGAACCGACAACGGUAUAAAUGCAACGAAUGUGGCAAGCACUAUGCGACGUCGUCGAAUUUAUCAAGGCAUAAGCAAACGCACAGAAGUUUGGACAGUAAACUGGCUAAGAAGUGCCCUACGUGCGACAAAGUGUACGUCAGUAUGCCUGCCCUGGCAAUGCACGUGCUCACACACAACCUGAAGCAUCGGUGCAGCAUUUGCACGAAGUCGUUCAGCCGGCCAUGGCUUCUACAAGGACACAUGCGUUCGCACACAGGUGAGAAGCCGUUCGGUUGUGCACAUUGUGGAAAGGCGUUCGCCGAUAGAUCCAACCUGCGGGCACACAUGCAAACGCACUCGGCGUACAAAAACUACGAAUGCAAGAGAUGUAACAAGUCGUUUGCUCUAAAAUCAUACCUGAACAAACAUUACGAAUCUGCGUGUUUCAAAGGUAUGCAACCCCCGUUGUCGCCAUCAUCGUCCACUUCUUCAUUGGACGGUGAUUCCGGACCUUUCUCACCAAUGGAACUCACCCCCAUCAAAGAAGAAAUAGCGACGUAUGCGAUAUAGUUAAUGAUAACGUACAAUAUAUAUAUAUAUACUAAAAAGGCUUUCGAAGAUUUUGUCGGUUCUGAGCAGACACUGUAGUCUACGCUACACUCAUUACAACUGACGUUAGCCGGAUCACGAUAUCGUACCUAUGCACUGCCCAGCCACUAGGAUGAAGAUUGCGUUGGAUUAUCAUUCAUUGUGGCUGAUUUGAAAUGACUUGAAAUGAAAAAUAAUAAUAAUAACAAUUUUAACGAUGUGAAAACCCAUAUUAAUAAGCUGUGACAAGACUGUUGUCGUUAAACGGAAAUGCGACUUGAGACUAGCGCAUGUGUGCGUGGAAAUACGAAGCCUAUGCAUAUAUGAAAAACAGCACACAUACAAAGCACCUUUGAACUAAGGAAGACUGCUACAGAAAACCGCGUCUCCGUCACCUUAAAAUGAUGUACGUAUUCAUUCGAGUAAGUCUACCUCGGACAUCAUUAUCAUUUUGACUCUCGGUAAUGAAGGCAACUGAGCGGUGAAGUCGAGCGAGAGAAAGCUAGUGAUUCCGCAGACUAGAUUGUCUCACUUCUCUUCACGCAAUAAUCUACUCGUUCUUACGUAAAGCGCAGCCUGACUCCUUAUAACCAAGCACAUUGAAAACCCGGAAGAAUUGACGUGGAAGACAUGGUGUAAACAUCCCAAUAUGCCGAAACGAAUGCUCCAUUUUUUUUCACUUACAACGCGAAAGAAAGAGAAAAUACUGAACGCUGCCUCAAUUAGUAAUACUAUUCUUUCAACUCAAACGUUUAGGUUUUGAUAGUCGGGUAACGGAAAAGGAAGACGAAAAUUUGGUGCAAUUUGAUGCAAUUUGUGAACGACGAGAGCAUUAUGCGUCCCACCCCUGACUGUGACGGGAAAGACGUGAAAUAGGGGGGAUAAAGGGGCGAGUCAUUUUCAUUAUUAAGAAGCAAACACAUUACCUCUCAUAUGUAUUGUGUUCACUAAUGGGACAGAGUUUCCGAUAACUAAGACCAAUCCACACAGACCUCCAUUUAAUAACAUUUGCAAUAACUUCAAUUAUUUGAACCCCAACUGUUGUCUUUUAUUCGUAGAUAACGUGUGAUAUUUCUCAAUUUCAGAAACAACAAAAAUCAUUAAUAUAACUAAGACGAGAACUAGUUUAGAUUCAUCACGAUUUGUUAUUAUAACAGCGCAGUGGCGGCGAAUCCUUGAGUGGGUUGUGUACCGCCGCACUACCAUGAAGCAACAGAUAUGAAGUCAGCCAUAGUUAAAUGUGACAUUUGACACGCGAAAAAAAUAUGAAAACCCCCACGAAAAGCUUUGUUACUGUGUUUCAUUGUGUGCGUCAAAGAAUUAAACUCACGACGGAUCUAUAAGUACGGCUUGGUGUAAUUUGAAUCUAACACAGUGCCGCCGCAUAAUUUUCGCCAGUGCAGAACGUCGACGUACAACAACAACAACGUUACAAUGAAAUCAACAACUAGUUGCUUCAAUGGAUUUUGCAAUAUCUUCUUUGAAUGAACGUACUAAUUAUUAGGAAACGACAAGUAAUGUGAUGUCAGAAACAUUGAUUUUGUUAUUUUAAUUUUAACUGAUGCAAUUAUAUCCGUUUGGCGAUGGAGAGACGAAUACGAAAACGAAAAGCCGUGACAGACGGGCAGGGAAGGCUCAUAUUGGCAUGCGUACAGUUGACGUUGAUAUUUUUAAAAGAAGUAGCCUAAGUUGUGAAACCGCCUCCGUCUCAUUUAACCGAUCGGCAGUAUUAUGGGUGACGCGUGCCGAUUACAAUGCGCUAACAAUAUCUAUGAACAGUCAAUCCAUUGUAAAUCGGAGGGGAGAAAGCGAUGCGACAGAGAGGGGCGUUCAAACGACAAAAAAAGCAAUACUCCGCAUUUUAGCAUGUCUUUCAAUGCAGGUGUCUGACUCUUAUUAUGCACGGGAAAAUAGUACUAUAUUUUUGUAAAAAUUACUAUAAACAAACGGGUUGGGUGGUUUCCAGAAGCUUGGUUUUCGAUGCAACUUUUACGCCCCUCCGUGGUGAGAGAGCUUCUCCUUUGUAGUGUUCUGUGAUGGUGCGGAUACCGAGUACUAAUAAACCACGUAGUUUGUAUAUACAUAUGAUUUAUGUGGUUCAAGUUCAACUGUAAUUUUUGUUGUCUUAUUACAUAUACAAACGAUGGUGUUUUUGUUCAUUUGUUUGUUACUUGCAAUUUUCCAUGUAGAAGUGUUGUAAUAUUUGUUUGAAUGUAAAUAGUGUUUAUUUAUAUACAACAAAUUAAUUUAUUAACGCGAUAACAUAUAUAUAUAUCCUGCCUGAAUAUAACCUAAACCACCAUUCCCCUCACAAUGAGGCUCAUUUCCCAGGAUGGCUGACAAACUCGGGGAAAAAAUGACAAUAAAUUAAUCAACGGUGAUUUCCAGUUUCGGUCGUGGUCAUAAUUUGGCAGGAUAUAUUAUUUUACGUCGAAGGCAUUAACCUUAAGUUAUGUAACUUGUUUUAAAAAUACAAAAGACUUAUUAUAAUGAAUUACAGAGAAACACGACUUUGUAAAAAAAAAAAAAAAAAAAAAAAAAAA